GACCAUUCUGUACGUCGCGGAAGAAUGCGUAGCCAUUGUUGGUGCUGCGAUCGUUAGUUUCUAGAUCCGAGAUCGUCAUGGGUACGGAAAGCCAUCUAAUUGUACGAGACUCCAGGAAAAUGUCGGUGGAGCUCGGUACGGGGCACUGAUACGAUAUUAGUGCGAGAGAUCGACGUCCGCAUUCGUAAGUGUGGAACUAUAGUUGGUCGGGCCGCGUCCGCGUUCGUCGCGUAUGCGAACCGAGCGCUCGCGCUCGCACGAGUGAGAGUGAGUGAGUGAUACGGUGGGGCACACUCGGCGGCGGCCAUAACACCGACCAACCAAACUAGCAAGCAGGGAGAAAGCGUAGUGCGAGUGUCCAAGACGUAGUGGUAGUGUUUUUCGAUAGAAUUCCUGUGAAAAGUGGACUUCCAUUGAUCAGAUGUUGCUAAUGUCGCGAGUCUUGGCUGGAGGUACGGAGUCUCACAGCAGUGUACAGGGCUGACAUUCAAAGUACUACCAUUUGGUAGGCUUGAGUAGUGUUAUGCCUCCACGGCACCAAUCUCCCUGGUUGCAGCGCAAUCAUCUUGGCAAGCAAUUAGUGAGCUACCAUGCUCAAUUCAGAAUAUAUCCUUGCCAUCUCAAUUGUUGAUGAAGCCUCAUAGCGUCAAGCAUCAACGUAAGGCAGUUACCUGCUGCAUAGCAUUUAUGUACCAUAUAUGUCGGAAAGAAACGAAGCCAAGAUGCAGCAGGUGGACACUAUCUCGCAAAAUAAUUCGUUAGAUGUGGAGGAGCGAGAAAGGCUGUGUAAUAUACCGAAGACAAGUGCACCUGGUAAGACAUCGACUACACCAGCAACUCCUGCAAAGGAGCCACUACCACGUGAUGAACCACCCGUGGAACCGGUGAAUGGUGUAGUCCAACCACCUGUUGUGCCUCCACCUAAUCGUCCAGGGCGUGUAACCAAUCAACUACAAUUUCUUCAAAAAGGUGUACUCAAACCAGUAUGGAAGCAUCAAUUUGCGUGGCCUUUUCAACAACCUGUAGAUGCCAAAAAACUCAAUUUGCCAGAUUAUCACAAAAUUAUAAAGCAACCAAUGGAUUUGGGUACAAUCAAAAAACGGUUAGAAAAUACAUAUUAUUGGAGUGGAAAAGAAUGUAUUCAAGACUUCAAUACCAUGUUCACAAAUUGUUAUGUUUACAACAAACCUGGAGAAGAUGUUGUGGUUAUGGCACAAGCUCUCGAAAAAUUGUUUCUUACCAAGGUUGCACAAAUGCCAAAAGAAGAAGUGGAGCUCGAACCUCCUGUUCCAAAGGGACCCAAAGGUAAAAAGGCUGGCAAAAUUGGAGCACCAGUAGGCGGCGUAGCAGGAGCUGCGGGAGGUACAGGUCGAGGUCGACCUUCUUCUGGUGCAGCUGCAGUUACUUCCAGUGUACCAAAUAGCCUAACGCCUUCAGCUACUUCAGCUGGGACAACAGGUGUAAUUCCCAUGCCUCCUCUUGGCACCCAAGCACCUGCAUCUGUACCUGGGAGCACGAAUACAACUACUAUUGCUCCUCCAUCAAGUAUGGGAGUUAGUCCCAUGGCUACGCAUAACUCUUUGCCUCAACAAGUGGUCCCUCCAACUAGUGGUUACCAUGCACAACCAGCAAUGGAUCCACAAGCAGCUUCUGCUGUACCUCCUCCUCCACAAGUUCCCACUGCACCUACGGUAAUGCCUCCAUCCCAACCAGCAAAACUUAAAAAAGGAGUGAAGAGAAAGGCUGAUACUACAACUCCUACUGCAAAUUCUUUUGAACCUUUAUAUAAACUGGAUCCUAAAAAUGCCAAAAUACCUACAAGGCGAGAAUCUGGCAGGCAAAUAAAAAAGCCAACGAGGCAAGCGGAAGACGGCUUAGUGCCAUUCCAUCAGCCUAAUAUGCCCCUGAUGGGGGCAAUGGCCCAACAGCCUCAACACACAACUGGAAAGUCUAAAGAGAAACUUUCAGAAGCUUUGAAGUCUUGUAAUGAGAUUUUAAAGGAAUUAUUUUCGAAAAAACAUUCGGGAUAUGCAUGGCCCUUCUAUAAGCCAGUUGAUGCUGAACUCUUAGGUCUUCACGAUUAUCAUGACAUUAUAAAAAAACCAAUGGAUCUUGGUACUGUAAAGACAAAAAUGGAUAAUCGUGAAUAUAAAACAGCACAAGAAUUUGCUAGCGAUGUGCGACUCAUAUUUACUAAUUGUUAUAAAUAUAAUCCUCCAGAUCACGAUGUUGUAGCAAUGGCUAGAAAACUCCAAGAUGUGUUUGAAAUGAGGUACGCAAAAAUCCCGGAUGAACCAAUGGGAAGUAUAGUAGUGAAAGGUAGCAGUAGUAGUGCCAGUAGUUCCGGAUCCGAAAGUUCUUCUGAAAGUGAUGAUUCAGAUGAAGAACGUACUCAAAAAUUAGUUGCUUUACAGCAGGAGCUGAAAGCUAUGCAAGAACAAAUGAGAAAAUUAGUAGAAGAAAGUGGUAAAAAGAAGAGUAAAAAGAAGAAACCGGAUAAGACAAAAUCAAGGCCAAUGGGCAAUAAGAGUAGUAGUCUUGUUGCCAGUCAUACUGGUGCCAUGAAAGAACUAAUGAAACCAAGUGGUGGAAUUCCAAGUGUCUCUGAUAGUGUUGGUGCUAGUAUAGCCAGUGUUGCAAUGGGAGGUGAUUUGAAAAUGCCAGGUGGUAUGGGUGGUGAUCUUCAUCAUCCAGCAAUAGCAGUAGGACCUAAUAAAACUCAUGCAACAGGAAGUAUGAGUCAUCAUCUGCCAACAGCAGCAAAUGCUAAGACAAAAGGAGGAAAAGGACGAGGACCUGGGAAAGCUGCAACAACAAAUACUACAAAUAAAAGGCCAAAAGCAAAUAGUAGAUCAGCUGGAACUAAAAAGAAGAAUGCUAGUAGUCAACCACCACCAAUUACGUUUGAUUCUGAAGAUGAGGAUAAUGCUAAACCAAUGUCUUAUGAUGAAAAGAGGCAACUUAGUUUGGAUAUUAAUAAAUUACCUGGAGAUAAAUUAGGACGAGUUGUGCAUAUAAUACAAUCUCGAGAGCCUUCAUUGAGGGAUUCCAAUCCAGAUGAAAUUGAAAUUGAUUUUGAAACAUUAAAACCAUCCACAUUGAGGGAAUUAGAAAGCUAUGUCGCUUCAUGUCUUAGAAAAAAGCCACAUAAAAAAGUUAGUGGUAAAUCUAAAGAUGAACAAAUGGCAGAGAAAAAACAGGAACUCGAGAAGAGGUUACAAGAUGUUACAGGGCAAUUAGGCAAUGUUAAGAAAACCGCUAAAAAAGAAGACAGUAGUAAAUCAGUCGAUGUAGUUGGGACAGGAGGAGCUAGUGGGCCUUCACGAUUGUCAGCGUCAAGCAGUAGUAGCAGUGAUAGUGAUUCCAGCAGUAGUUCACUUUCUUCGAGCUCCAGUGAUUCAAGCGACAGUGAAGCAGGGAACUCUUCCAAUCGUCCUCCAAGAAAGAAAGCAAAAAAGAAUACACCGAGUACAGGGCCCCCUCCAACAACAACUACUGCUACAUCGGCACCUACGUUGAAUCAUACUGGAGGUCUUUUAAUGAACAAUCAACCCCCAACAAAUUCUACGGGACCAAUUACAAAACCAGCUGUAACUCAAUCUAGUAAUGUUUCUUCAGAGCAAGGUGGCAAUAGUCAACAAUCUGUAGCAGUAGCUGCUGUUACAGCUGGUCAAGGAAUGCCUGUAGCGAGUCACACGUCUAUGCCCGCUCAACCUCCUCGAUCUACAGCAAUGGCUACAGCUGCUCCUGUAAAAAAACCUACACCGCCACCACCAACUACAUCUAACCCACCAACUCCAUCAGUAUCUGUACCAACUCCACCACCAAGUGUUACACCUACAAAUACGAAUUCUAUAGUAGCCUCACCGGUUGUGCCUCAGCCACCACAGCCACCUACAUCUGUUAGUUCCUUUUCAAAUGCAAACACUCCUGUACCCACAGACGGGACAACUUUAACUCAACAAUCAGAUCUUUUACAACCAUAUAAUACUCUAGCUCCUGUGCCUACUACACAAACAUCGUUGGAACAAAUGUCAUUAAAAAAAAAACCGCACAUACCAAUGAUUCAAACACCACAUACAACAACUAAUAACACCAAUUUAAAUUUACUGCCUGAUAUAAAAACACCAGUGAAUAUGAUGCCUACAAGUAUGGCAUCUAAUCUAAAUUUGGGAAAUAUGACCAUGGCCAAUCUGAAUAUGAAUUUACAACAAGGAUUAGCUACUCAUAUGUCAAUGCACAAUCAAUUGGAAAAUAUGAUAAAUACAACAUCACCUUUGACUAAUAUACAAAAUUCUCAUAAUGCUACAAUAUCGCAGCAGCAUUCCAAUGGAUUUUCUAAUAUUAAGCGUGAGAAUUCUCCGCCUAAUAUGUUAAAUAAUAAUGGCAUAUCUGGUCUUAAUAUGGGAAUGAGUAUGGGCGGAAUAGGUUCAAUUUUUGAUCCUAUGCCCAUGCAGUCAUCUAUGCCAAUGCAAAUGUCGCAAAUUCCAAUUAAGAAAGAAGAGAAAUCAGUAUCAAUUUCUCAAUCGCAAAUGCCUCAAAAGCCUAUGGAUGCCGGAGCUCUUUUUGCAGAGAUGAAUACAGGGAUGCCAUCAAUGAGUAAUCAUUCGAGUUCACAGCUCAUGCCUGAGAAAAAGAUGACACCACCCGAUUCAAAAAAUCCUGUGUCGAAUUUCGCUUCAGCUUUUAAAAAUAAGACUGUAGAACAAAAUGUGAAAAAUGCCUCGUCAUGGUCAUCUUUAGCACAAGCAUCAAGUCCUCAAUCUGCAGCAGGAAGUAGCAUGAAAAGUGCAGCACAGGAUUCAUUCCAAGCAUUCAAAAAACAAGCAAAAGAAAAGCAAGACAGGCAAAGAGCUUUAUUGGAACAGCAAGAAAUGCGUAGACAACAAAAAGAACAAGCAGAACGAGAACGUUUACGACAAGAAAAUGAAAGAAGAAGAGAACGAGAAGAAGAAGACGCUUUAGAUAAAGUUAGGAAAACUGUUGGUGAUCAGCAAGGAAAUGUCAUGACUGCUACGUCAAGAGCAGAAGAAGUCAAAGCCAUUGUUGAUACCGAUAGUAGUAGUCCAAGUCAUUCAUCCAAUCAGGAUAAAGCCGCAGCUGAAAGAGAACGUCAAAGGCUACGAGAGCAAGAACGACGACGACGCGAAGCGAUGGCCGGACAAAUUGACAUGAACAUGCAAAGUGAUUUGAUGGCAGCAUUUGAGGAGUCGUUAUAAUGUUAUUUGCUGUUCGUUGUAAAUCCACUAAAACCGGGCAAGACUUGGAUGAAUAUUUGGCGCUGGAUGAUACGAUAAAAACGUAUAUAAUAUAUACGUCAGUCAAUAACAAAUAAUAAUAAUAAAUAAUGAAAUAAACCGAAUCGAAAAAGUCGGUGUAACAAAGUUAAAUAAUAUAAUGGUGGUGCGAGUUGGGACAUUCCAACAAAGAACCUUAACGUCAUUGUCCGAGUGGAUCGGAAUUCAAAGAAACAGUUUAUCAAAUAACUCAAACUUGUGUGUAAUCGACGGACACCUAAGUGUGACCUAAUGUAAUUAGAUAAAUACUUACACGACACUUUAAAAAAAAAAAUACUACACUGACUAUUGUGUUACAUUUUUCCGGUUUUCAUAAGUUUGUACUUUAUGUAAAUUUCGAAACAAAACAAAAAAAUAUUACACAGAUGAUAAAUGAACGAAAGAAGAGUAUGCGAGAGAGAGAGAGAAAGAGAGAAAAAUAGAAUGUAUAAUGUGCGGUCAAGGAAUAGAUGAGUAUGAAAGUGUGAACAGAGUGAAAGUUGUGUACAUUUAGUUAAGUUUUAUAUUUUUCCACAUUCAGUCAUUAAUCGUUGGUAGGAUUACAUAGACAGUGUUUCUGCCAAUAAUACAUAUAAUUAUUAGCAAUUACUAAUAAUUUUAUUGCAGAUUUCUUUCUCGAUUAUGAAUAUACACUAUUUGUAAUCACGAAAUAGGUAGACUUGUUAAGUCAAUAAUAUAGAAAAAAAUAUAUCUAAUGCGAACAUACAUUGGUGAAUUUAAUCAUAUUGAUCAUUAUGAUAGCCCAGUUAAGUCUAUCUCGAUUUCGAUUGACUUGAGAAUCAAAUCAGGGCCAAUCGGUUGAUUUGAAAAAACGGAAAAAAAAAAAAAAAUAAAUAAAUAUUCGUAAACUCACCUUAGAACAAAGUCGUCAAUUAUUACGAAUAACCGUAAGGUGAUCAUAGAAUGAUAUAGCUUCGAUCCUACCAACUAUUAGAUCAGAUCCACGUAUGUACCUAAUUAUUGGUAUACUUUGGGAUCGCAGAAACAGAAAAUGUGACACAGUAUCGGCUCGUAAAUGGAACAUUAUUUAGAAAACAAUUAUGUUUGUUUUAUAUAAUGAAUACUAUGAAAAUAGUUUCAUUAAGGAAAUGUUAGACAUUUCAAGAAAAAUUAUUGAAAUAUAACCACGGAGUCGCGGUUUGAUGAAGCGAUUCAAAUUUUACAAAAUAUAAAUCGCCCUUAUUAUAUGUAUGUACGCAAUUGUAUAACGCGCAUCCAAAAUUCAAUCGGCAAAAAGUACAAAAAAUGACAUUUAAUUAAAAAACCGAUUAUUGAUUAAAAUUUGGAUUUAUUGCGUACUACUAUUAUUAUAUUACUAUUACAGAGGGAUUUUUAAAGAAGUAUUUGAAUUUGUAGAAGUUAUAAAAAUAAUGGCUAUAGUGGUACAGAGACAUUACAUGAUAACAAAGAUGUUAUUAUGUAAGGUAUAUUAUUAUUAUUAUAUAUUAAUUAUUAUUAAUUAUUAUUAUUAAUAUUAUUAUUAAUAUUAUUAUUAUUAUUAUUAUUAUUAAAUUAUUUCAUUGAAUGGAAUUUUAUUUUUUUAAGAGCCUCUUUAAACCUGCAAUGUCUUUCUCUUUAUCGUAGUAGCGUAACAAAUGAGUUUUUUUAUUUGGAAUUGAAGGAACGCUACACUGGCACAAGAGUCGUUUGUGGCAUUAACAAAAAUAUGCUUAAUUUUAUUUUCGCUUAAUUCAAAAAAAAAAAAAAAAAAAAAAGAAUUUACUGUUCACAAAAUACAUGUUCCUUUCUACGUGAUACUAGAACAAAUACAGUUUACAGUUUUGCGAACAAUAUGCAUUAUAUGAUCUUAAAUAAUAUUCGAAGAUCGAAUAUUACGCAUUAUUUGGUACAUACUGAAAUAUAUACGCGAUGUUCGUACGAUCAUGAACAAAUGAAUUCGUCUUAUUUUCAAAUCUCUGUCAAACGUUAUAAGAUAUCGAUGAUAGAUCGCCGAUACGUAAUGUUAAAAUUUUAUUUAUUCUGAAUUGCUUUUUUUUCUUUCAACACAUCGAUCUAUCGUGGUAUCGUAUAACAUUGCCUUCGACGAACCUCUUUGACGUUUUUCGUUAAAAAAACGUCGCUUUAAAAAAAUCGAUCGUGUGAUUGCACAUUAUGUAAUAAAUUUUGGAAGAGGAAUUUCGCGAAAUUCAAAUGCGAUCGAUCGAAAAAGAAAAGAAAAAAAAAAAAAGAAAAAAAAAAGGAAAGGAAGAAAAUCUAUUUCCGAAUCUUCAAGAAUUCCGUCGAAAGUUUGGCUUGCGUUUUGAAUUGCUGAAAUGCCCCUCGCCUAAAGAUGACAUUACAGUGUAUACAAACGAUUUAUUAUUAUUACACAGACGCUUAGACCUGAUUCCGUCGCAAUUAAAAUUUGUUUAAUAAUAUAUAUAUAUACACAUAUAUAUAUAUAUAUAUGUAUAAUCGUUCAAAUUUCUUGAGCGUUUCCUCCUAAACGCGUGAGUGAAAUGGAGUCGACGCUAAAGAAAAAAAAAACGUGUCGAGAUAACGAACAGGAAAGCGUGUAGGAGGCGUGUAUCGUAUCGCGUGCCAGAAGAUAUAUCCACGAAAUAUCCAAUACGUUUGUAGAGUAACGUUAAUUGUAUGUGUGCCUGUCUAUACCUGAUUUGUUUAGAUACUUAUCAAUUAUAAUGACCAGGCAAGAGAGAGAGAGAGAGAGAAAAAUAUGAAUUCUAAGUGCAAGUAAAAUAAUGAUUGACAGGGAAAAAGUAAAAUGGUUUGGAAAAAAAAGAAAAAAAUACAAUGUCGUGAAUAAUUAUGUCCGAAAUCUAUCUCUCGGGAGUAUAUAUAUAUAUAUUGAUUGAAUUUAUUGUGCGUUGUCAUUGUUUGCGACCGAUCGAAAAUAAUAUUGUAUUGUCAUUGAGAAUAUCAUCAGAGAAACAAGGGAUCGCAAGCGAGGAGCUCGAAAAUGGUACACGACAGGUGUAUGAUAAAAAAAAUAAGAGGGCGAAAAAGAUUUAUAAGUAUAUAUUCGCGUCGGUAUUCGUAAUUCCUGUUUUCGUUGUCAGGUGCAUCGGAGAUGAACGAAAGAAAAAAGAAAAAAAAAAAGGGAGAGAAAAAAAAAUAUCGAUAAUAAUAAUAAUAACACAAGCAUUCGAAGUAACGAAUAUGGAAUGCUCUUUAUUCUCAUGUGUUGUGUGCGCUUUCAUAUCAAUUGCGAUCACGCAUUCGUCGAUCGUCAAUACUACAAUUUCUAGCAAUACAGUAGACUAUCUUACAUCUUUUCUUUUUUUAUUUAAUACAUAAUACCGGGUAUCCGGUUCCCGGUUGUUUGCCAAUCAAAAAAAAAAAAAAAAAAAUUCAAGAUUCCACCAGAGAUGAAAUCUUGGCUCUCAACAUUUUUAGCAAUGAUGUAUUCACUGCGAUAAUAUAUUAAUAUUCGCGUCUUAGCAUGUACAAUGAUUUAGUCAUCCGUAUGUUAAUUCUUGUUGUAUGCACUUAAUGCAGUGAGAUGAUUUCCCGCGAGGGUGACAUUAAAAUAAUAAUAAUAAUAUGUGAAAAAGGAGGGAAAGUGAGAGAAGAAAAAAAAGAUAAAAUCUUGUGUUCUUUCGAUAUAAAAGAGAAAAAAAAAAAAAAAAAGCGAUGUUUCGAGGAGGAGAUAAUGGAAUUGUCAUAGAUAUUAUAAAUCGAAUCGAAGUUUAAGUCUAGGCGUAUAUAAAUAUAAAUAUGUACUGUUUUUCCGUUUUACUAACGUCGAUCAUUAUCGGUAUUCGAGCGAAGAUUUUCCGAAAAACAUGUCUAUUGGCAUAUAUAAUUACAAAUUACUUAUAUUUGAUAUUCGAAUACGAUAGAUGGUACGUUAUAAUACGAUGUAAUAUACGAUAUAAAAUGUUAGGAAAUGUAAAAAAAAACACAAAAAAAAAAAACAAAAAGAAAAGAAAAAAAAAGGGAAAAAAAGAGAGAGAGAGAGAAAAAAAAAAGAAACAUUGAAAUGUGACAUCAUGUUGAAACGUAAAUCGAUUUUCUCUAUUCAAAAAAUAUCGCACGAUGACGAUGACGAGUCAAAUCGAUUUUUUCUGAAAGGGAAAAUCGUUUAAAUAAUGAUUUAAAUAUUUUUCAUGUACAAUCGGUACGUGUUUAUCUUCCAGCGAAUGCUUUUAACGACAUUCUGCAUGUCAUGUGUUAUUAUUUUUCUAUUUGUUUAAUUUUUCGUGUCCUGAGCGUGGUUGGUAAUAUAAAAAAAAGUUGGUAUAUCAGAAGAAUGAAAAAUUCUGGCAUAUCAUGGUAUUAGAGAAUGAUGCUCGGAUGAAUGAAAAAUUUUUUUUUUCUUUAUUAAUCGACAAAGCAAUUUCCACGAUUUUGAUUGUUUUUGCUCGAUUAUAUGUCUAUAUUGUACCAUUAGACUGACCAAUCGCAAGUGUCUUCGAAUGAAAGAAUUCCUCUGAUUAUGAAAUUACGCGUCGUGUUAUAAAAUAACGAGCUCAAUAGUGACACGAAUUCUAAAACAAA